GGGAGUGGGCAGGAUGUCAAAUGCUCCCUCGGCUAUUUCCCCUGUGGGAAUAUCACCAAGUGCUUGCCUCAGCUUCUUCAUUGCAAUGGUGUGGACGACUGUGGCAACCAAGCGGAUGAGGACAACUGCGGAGACAACAAUGGAUGGCCUAUACAAUUUGACAAAUACUUUGCCAGUUACUACAAAAUGACUUCCUUGUAUCACUUUGAGACACGAACAUCUGAAUGCCUUUCUCAUUUCUUUCUUUUCAUUACCCUCCUCUUCCUGGUCCCUCACUAUCCCCAUUCCUUACUACUUCCUCCUUAUUCAGUGGUCGGUUCUGUGCCCGUGCCAUGUCUUUGCCGAGGUUUAGAGGUUGACUGUGAUGAGACCAAUUUACGAGCUGUUCCAUCAGUUUCUUCAAAUGUGACUAAAAUGUCACUUCAGCGGAACUUAAUAAGAAAGCUUCCUCCUGAUGGCUUCAAGAAGUACCAUCACCUUCAGAAGCUGUGCCUGCAAAACAAUAAUAUUAGAUCCAUAUCCAUCUAUGCUUUCAGAGGACUAUACAGUCUUACUAAACUGUAUCUCAGUCGUAACAGAAUAACUUUCUUGAAGCCGGGUGUUUUUGAAGAUCUCCACAGACUAGAAUGGCUGAUAAUUGAAGAUAAUCACCUCAGUCGAAUUUCCCCACUAACAUUUUAUGGACUAAAUUCUCUUAUUCUCUUAGCACUGAUGAAUAAUGUCCUCACCCAUUUGCCGGAUAAACCUCUUUGCCAGCACAUGCCAAGACUGCAUUGGCUGGACUUUGAAGGCAACCAUAUCCAUAAUUUAAGAAAUUUGACUUUUAUUUCCUGCAGUAAUUUAACUGUUUUGGUAAUGAGGAAAAACAAAAUUAACCAUCUAAGUGAAAAUACUUUUGCACCUCUACAAAAGCUAGAUGAAUUGGAUUUAGGAAGUAAUAAGAUUGAAAAUCUUCCACCGCAAGUAUUUAAGGAUCUGAAGGAGCUCUCACAAUUGAAUCUUUCCUAUAACCCAAUCCAGAAAAUUCAAGCAAAUCAAUUUGAUUAUCUUGUCAAACUCAAGUCUCUCAGCCUAGAAGGAAUUGAAAUUUCAAAUAUCCAACAAAGGAUGUUUAGACCUCUAAUGAAUCUCUCUCACAUAUAUUUUAAGAAAUUCCAGUACUGUGGGUAUGCACCACAUGUUCGCAGCUGUAAACCAAACACUGAUGGGAUCUCAUCUCUCGAGAACCUCUUGGCAAGCAUUAUUCAGAGAGUAUUUGUCUGGGUUGUAUCUGCAGUCACAUGCUUUGGAAACGUCUUUGUCAUUUGUAUGAGACCUUAUAUCAGGUCUGAGAACAGACUGCAUGCCAUGUCAAUCAUUUCUCUCUGCUGUGCUGACUGCCUAAUGGGAAUAUAUUUGUUUGUCAUUGGAGCCUUCGAUCUCAAGUUUCGUGGAGAAUACAACAAGCACGCGCAGCUGUGGAUGGAGAGCAUUCACUGUCAGAUUGUAGGAUCUUUGGCCAUUCUAUCCACAGAAGUAUCAGUGUUACUUCUAACAUUUCUGACACUGGAAAAAUAUAUCUGCAUUGUCUAUCCUUUUAGAUGUUUAAGACCUAAAAAAUGCAGAACAAUUACAGUUCUGAUUCUCAUUUGGAUGACUGGGUUUAUCGUGGCUUUCAUUCCAUUGACCAAUAAGGAAUUUUUCAAAAACUACUAUGGCACCAAUGGCGUGUGCUUCCCUCUUCAUUCAGAAGACACAGAAAGUACUGGAGCUCAGAUUUACUCCGUGGCAAUUUUUCUCGGUAUUAACUUGGCAGCAUUUAUCAUCAUAGUUUUUUCUUAUGGAAGCAUGUUUUAUAGCAUUCAUCAAAGUGCCAUAACAGCAACUGAAAUACGGAAUCAAGUUAAAAAAGAGAUGAUCCUUGCCAAACGUUUUUUCUUUAUUGUAUUUACUGAUGCAUUAUGCUGGAUACCCAUUUUUGUGCUGAAAUUUCUUUCAUUGCUUCAGGUAGAAAUACCAGGUACCAUAACCUCUUGGGUAGUGAUUUUUAUUCUGCCUAUCAACAGUGCUUUGAACCCAAUUCUGUAUACUCUGACCACAAGACCAUUCAAGGAAAUGAUUCAUCAGUUUUGGUAUAACUACAGAAAAAGAAGAUCUAUUGACAGCAAAGGAAGUCAGAAAACAUAUGCUCCGUCUUUCAUCUGGGUAGAAAUGUGGCCGCUGCAGGAGAUGCCACCUGAGUUAAUAAAGCCAGCUCUUUUCACAGACCCCUGUGAAUUGUCACUAAUUUCUCAAUCAACUAGACUCAAUUCCUAUUCAUAA